GUUGGCCGCGGCGAGCGAACGGUCCGCGAGUGGAGCGGCGCGCGCCGCACUGAAACACGCGCUCCAAAGACGUCCCGCCACUCUUUGCCGCCGCGUUAUACCGAAAUGUACUUUUAAUGCGCGAUUUGCAAAUUGACUCAAGUGUUUGAACAUUAGUUAAGAUUGAGACUUGGUAUAGAACUAUGCAGUGUUACCCGAAGCUGUCGCCGAAGCGUGAGGCGGGCGAGAUGGCGUACGAGGCCGAGCUGGUGAGCGCGCGUCGGCUGGAGCGGCUAGAGCUGCCGGCGCCACCAGGCAAGGAGUUUCGGGCGCCGGUGCUGAUACCGGCGCCGGCGCCGCACUCCGUCAUCCAGUGCAUGCGGCCGCCGCCGCCCCCCGCGCCGCGCUUGCACAAGCCGCCUCCUUUCGAAGAACCAACUAGCUCCAUUCCAGAUUUAGAAUUUGAUGGCACCACAGUGCUGUGCCGCGUGUGUGGUGAUAAGGCCAGUGGUUUCCACUACGGAGUCCACUCCUGUGAGGGCUGCAAGGGGUUCUUCCGCCGCUCCAUACAACAGAAGAUACAGUAUCGGCCGUGCACCAAGAACCAGCAAUGUUCCAUCCUAAGAAUCAACAGAAACCGGUGCCAGUACUGCCGACUUAAGAAGUGUAUCGCCGUCGGCAUGAGCAGAGAUGCCGUGCGAUUCGGACGCGUACCGAAGCGCGAGAAGGCGCGCAUUCUGGCCGCCAUGCAGCAGUCGUCAUCGUCGCGCGCGCACGAGCAGGCCGCGGCCGCCGAGCUGGAGGACGCACCGCGGCUGCUGGCUCGUGUAGUGCGCGCACAUCUAGACACCUGCGAGUUUACACGCGACCGCGUUGCUGCCAUGCGCGCGCGCGCUCGUGACUGUCCCACCUAUUCACAACCCACUUUGGCGUGUCCGCUGAACCCAGCACCUGAGUUGCAAUCUGAGAAAGAGUUUUCUCAGCGGUUCGCCCACGUGAUCCGCGGCGUGAUCGACUUCGCCGGCCUCAUCCCAGGCUUUCAGUUGCUCACGCAGGACGACAAGUUCACGUUGCUAAAAAGUGGUCUCUUUGACGCUCUGUUUGUGCGACUCAUUUGUAUGUUUGAUGCGCCGCUCAAUAGCAUCAUCUGUCUCAAUGGACAGCUAAUGAAACGGGACUCUAUUCAGAGCGGUGCUAAUGCGCGGUUUCUCGUUGAUUCCACAUUUAAGUUCGCGGAACGCAUGAACUCCAUGAACCUUACAGAUGCCGAAAUCGGACUCUUCUGCGCCAUAGUUCUAAUCACCCCCGACAGGCCGGGCCUCCGCAAUGUCGACUUGGUAGAGCGCAUGCACGCCAGGUUAAAAGCUUGCCUGCAGACCGUCGUCACACAGAACAGGCCCGACAGGCCCGGCUUCCUCCGCGAGCUGAUGGACACGUUGCCUGAUCUACGCACCUUGAGCACGCUCCACACAGAGAAGCUGGUGGUGUUCCGCACCGAACACAAAGAAUUGCUAAGGCAACAGAUGUGGGGUGAGGAGGAAGGUUGUUCCUGGGCGGACUCCGGACCUGAGGAGUCUGCACGCAGUCCGAUCGGCUCCGUGUCAAGCAGUGAGUCCGGGGAGGUAGGCGGCGAGUGCGGUACGCCGCUGCUGGCCGCCACGCUUGCCGGCCGCCGGCGACUCGAUUCGCGCAGUUCCGUCGACGAGGAGGCGCUAGGUGUGGCGCACCUGGCACAUAACGGCCUUACCGUUACGCCCGUGCGGCCGCCGCCGCGCUACCGCAAGCUCGACUCCCCCACGGACUCUGGCAUCGAAUCCGGCAAUGAGAAGCAUGAGCGAAUCGUGGGCCCGGGGUCAGGCUGCUCGAGCCCGAGAUCGUCGCUGGAGGAGCACGCGGAAGACAGACGACCGACGCCCGCCGACGACAUGCCCGUGCUAAAACGAGUGCUGCAGGCGCCACCGCUGUACGAUGCGCCACUGCUUAUGGACGAGGCGUAUAAGCCGCACAAGAAGUUCCGCGCGAUGCGGCGCGACACAGGCGAAGCGGAGGCGCGACCGGUGCCCUCGCCGCAGCCACCGCCGCGCGCCUCUUUGUCGGCCACGCACACGGAGCUGGCGCGCAGCCUGCGCGAGUGUCCGCGCAUGACGCCAGAGCAGCUGAAGCGUACCGACCUCAUCACGCAAUACAUGCGGCGCGGCGAGGCGUGUGAACCAUGCGCGCCGGCGCCGUUGGCCCCGUUGGCGCCAGCGCCCGUGCUCGCGCUGCAAGUGGACGUGGCGGACGCGCCGCUUAACCUUUCCAAGAAGUCUCCAUCGCCGCCGCGCGCCUAUAUGCCGCGCAUGCUGGAGGCGUGAGACCGGCCCGCGGAGCCGCAUGUCUCCGCUACCCCCCACCCCGAUCUACUAUAAAUUCAAUAAACUAUGUAGUUAAUGAUCGUUCGCAAAUCGGUUUAAUAUAAUAUGUGAUAAUUCGGUUAAGACGCGUGCGUGCGUGCGUGGCCGGUGCGGGACGAGGAGAGCGCAAUAGACUGAAACAUAAUUUAAGACUAUAUAAGUAUAAUUUAUAAUGCAAUGCAGCGCCGGUCGCGGUGUGUUUGUGUGUGUAUUGUAUGUGCGUAUGUGAGCGUGCUCAGUCAUUUGUUUGUUAAUAUAAUGACAGGUUGUCGAAUUAAAAUAAAACAAACUUGUAAAAAUUU